AUGUCAUUCACAGGAACUCUUGAUAAAUGCAAGGCUUGUGAUAAGACUGUUUAUGUGGUUGACUUGUUAACUCUUGAAGGUGUACCUUACCAUAAAGCCUGCUUCAAAUGCAGUCACUGCAAGGGAUAUCUUACGAUGAACACCUAUUCCUCAAUGGAUGGUGUCCUCUAUUGCAAGCCACACUUUGAACAGCUUUUCAAGGAAUCUGGCAAUUUCAGCAAGAACUUUCAAGCAAAGUCUUCUGAUAAACAAAAUGAGCUAAUGAAUAGGACUCCUAGCAGACUCUCAUCCAUGUUCAGUGGAACUCUAGACAAAUGCUCGGUUUGCUCAAAAACAGUCUAUCCGCUGGAAAAGUUGACACUGGAAGGGGAAUGCUACCACAAGACUUGCUUUAGGUGUGCUCAUGCAGGUUGCCCUCUCACACAUUCUUCCUAUGCUGCACUGGAUGGUGUUCUAUACUGCAGGCACCAUUUUGCACAGCUUUUCAUGGAGAAGGGAAACUACAAUCAUGUACUCCAGGCUGCAGCAAACAAGAAGAAUGCUACUCCACCUCCUGAACCAGCUGAUGAUGAAGAACCAUCAAAGCCAGAGCCAGAGCCAGAGCCAGAGCCUGAGCCUGAGCCACAGACAGAAUCUGAGGAACAGAAGACAGAAGAAAAUUCUAAAAAUGAAACAUAG